AAUGAACACUGGUAGGACUGGUUUGUUCUCUCAGUAACUAAAAAUGUUGGUAAGACGUGACAGCUCAGAGCAGACGUCAGCACUCACCAGCCUCCUAUUGAAGCAGCUCUGUUAUCUGUGAGGAAACACAUAGGGAACUCAGUCCACCAUGACUUCCAAGCAUGUCAUCCAGCAGCCUGAGCCUGUGAUGGAUGCUCAGUAUUCCAACAACUGGGAAACUGGAAUAUGCGGCUGCUGCAGUGACAUGACUGAAUGCUGUUUUGCCUUCUGGUGCUUUCCCUGUGCUGCCUGCAGAAUAUCCAAGCAAUAUGGAGAGUGUCUCUGUCUCCCUCUCCUGGAUAUAUUUUGUGGUGGCAUGAUCCAUCCCAUCAACCUGUCCAUGAGAGUUGCAAUGCGGCAACGUUAUGGAAUCCAAGGCACCAUGUGUAGGGACUGUGUGUACACAACCUUCUGUGGACCGUGCACCUGGUGUCAAAUGGCCAGAGAGAUGAAGAGGAGAAGGAUUCCUGUCAUUCUUAUCAAUGCCAAGAACACAUAAUCUGACCCUUCACCAUUGUUG